AUGCACGGCCUUCACUCCACCCUCCUGCCCCCCUCCGCCGUACACCACUCCCUCUUCCUCCCCCACUUCACCCCAUCGACCAUCUACCCUUUGCCCAAACCACAUGCUGCCCUCGAAGCUCUCGAAGUCAAGGUCGUAGGCAACCUCAUUGUUGCUGGAGGCCAGGACCUGCGCGUGUUUGAAAUUCGCGAAGAGGCUGCCCCAGUCGCCGAUGCCGGUGCAGAGGACGAGCCCGCCGUGGCGGGGAUGGACGAGAUGGGAGACUCGUUCUUCGAUUCAGCGCCAGCAGAUCGUGCGCCGGUUCGCUACGAGACAACCCGCAGGCUCCACCUUCUCACGCGCCACGAACUGCAUGGCACCGUCACCGGUCUGGCAGGCUUGCGUACUAUUGACAGUAGUGUCGACGGUCUCGACAGGCUGCUUGUCUCUCUCAAGGAUGCCAAGAUGGCAAUUCUCGAGUGGUCGCGCGGCGACAUUUCGACCGUAUCGCUGCACACGUAUGAGCGUUCGCAGCAAAUGGUCAAUGGUGAUCUCCAAGGCUACGUUCCACUGUUGAGGAGUGACCCUCUGUCACGAGUGGCAAUUCUCACUCUCCCCGAGGACGCUCUUGCUGUCCUUCCCGUUCUGCAAGAACAAUCCGAGCUGGAUGCCAUGCAGGACAACUUUCCAAAGGACGUCCCUUACUCGCCAUCGUUCGUCCUGUCUCUCGCGGACGUGUCGACCACGAUCAAGAACCUCCAAGACCUCCUCUUCCUCCCGGGCUUCCAUUCGCCCACCCUCGCUCUUCUCUUCUCACCCAUGCAUACGUGGGCAGGUCGCUACCAGUCCAACAAGGACACCUUCCGGCUCGAGAUCCGUACCAUCGACUUGUCGUCUACGGGCACUUACCCGCUCCUCACGUCGGUCACCUCCCUUCCAAGCGAUAGCCUGUACCUCGUUGCCUGCCCGACCGAGGUUGGUGGUGUGGUGGUCGUCACAACAACGGGAAUCAUCCAUGUCGACCAGAGUGGUCGCAUCGUCAGCGCUGCCGUUAACGGUUGGUGGAGCGACGUGACGAGCCUUAGCUCCGACUCGGCAUCCAAAUCGCGCAAGCUCUCGCUCGAGGGUUCGCGCGCCGAGUUUGUUUCGCAGCGCGACAUGCUCCUCGUUCUCCAGAACGGCGACGUCCACCAGGUCCGCUUCGAGAUGGACGGCCGUGCCGUCGGCACCAUCAAGGUGGAUGAGCAGAGCAGCACCGUCCCGCCGCCUUCCACCAUGGUGCUCGCUGGUUCCCAGGGUCUGUUUGUCGGUUCAGCAGAGGGUGACUCGCUACUCGCAAAGGUCGAUAUGGUCCGCGAGGUUGUGGAAGAGGCCGAGGAUGAGGAGCAGAAAAAGGAUGAUAUUGAGGUGGACUGGGAUGAAGACCUCUAUGGCGAGGCAGACGGGCCAGCAGCCAAUGGCACGACCACCAAGAUGGUGGCCACAGGUCCCGCCAACGUGACCAUCUCGCCCCAGGACGUGCUGAGUGGUAUUGGACGCAUCUCCGACAUUGAGUUUGGCAUCGCAGUAACAGACCAAGGCGUGCGGACAUAUCCCCAGCUGGUGGCCAUUGGUGGAGGCAGCAAGGCUUCGACCAUCAAUGUCUUUAGGCGCGGGAUCCCCAUCACCAAGAAGCGCCGCUUCGACCAGCUGUCGGCAUCUGACGCCGCAUGGUUCCUCCCCGUCCAGCGUCCCAGCGCACAAAAGUUCAAGGGCAUCCCGGAAUCUGAGCAGACGACUCUGUGCUUUAGCUCGGACACCACGCAGACCAAAAUCUUUGCACUGUCGAGCAAGACCACUCAGGACCAGAUUGGCCGGAUAGCCGAGCCAACUGUUGCGGUUGGAACCUUCUUCCAGCGCUCCAGCAUUGUGCACGUCUCUGCCACCCAGGUGUUGUUGUUGGAUUCAGACACCCAGCUGCAGCACGUUAUCUGCCCGCCUUCCGACCUCGCCCCCAUUGUCAGUGCGAGCAUUGCCGACCCAUACCUGGUCAUCCGACGAUCCGACGGCUCCAUCACCCUGUUCGUUGGCGACUCGGUCGCACGCACAGUCUCACACGCACCGCUCCCCAUUGACCUCGAUCUGCCGCUCUGCCAGGCUGCCGAGGUGUUCACCGACACCUUGGGUGUGUACCGCACCUUUGAGGCCACUCAGCAGCAACAGCUGGCGGCUGCGCCCAGUUUGCCCAGUGCCACGUCCCGCUCGUCGCAGAGGACACGGACGCAGCUCACUGGCGAGCAGCUCAAGCGUCUCCAAGAGGCCAAGCCUGCCAUUGCUGUCGAAGCGGCCACGACCGAGUCGGCCUUCAACGCUGCGAGGGGAACCCAGUGGCUGGCCCUGCUUGCGUCCAAUGGCGAGCUCCAGAUCCGUUCCCUUCCCGACCUCACCCUUGUGCUGCAAUCUCGCGGCGUGUAUGACUCGGAGCCCAGCUUCACCGACGACCUCGUCGCCGCCGAGGAAAUUGAGGAUGAAGACCCAGUGCAGCAAAUGUGCUUUACGCCCAUCGGCACACGCACACUUCGCCCCCACCUACUCGUUCUCCACGCCUCGGGUCGUAUCAACGUCUUUGAGGCGCAGCCUCGCUUCACUCUUGACGCACGCGACCAGUCCCGUCGCUCGCUGGCGGUGCGGUUCCGCAAGGUCCACACGCAGCUGCUCGCAACGACGGCUGGCAACACGCUCGGCUACACGAUUAUCCCCUUUGCCGACAUUGACGGCAUGACUGGCGCGUUUGUCACUGGCGAGAGGCCACACUGGUACCUUUCCUCCGACGCACACCCUAUUCGCGCCUUUGGGCUCAAGCAGGCCGCUUACGCGUUUGGCAAGACGACACACCACGGCGGCAAGAACGAGUACUUUAUUCGCAUCGAGGACGGCUCGUUUGUCUGCUACCUCCCGCCCACGCUCAACACCGACUUUGCCAUGCCAUGCGACAGGUACAAGAUGGACCGGACGUACACCCACGUCGCGUUUGACCCUCCCUCGGGCCACUACGUUGGCGCUACCGCCAUCUCAGUGCCAUUCCAGGCCUACGAUGAAGAGGGCGAGAUACAGAUGGGUCCCGAGGGCGAGGACCUCGUCCCGCCACUCAACCAGCGUUCCACCCUGGAGCUCUUCUCUGCGGGUUCGGAUGCAUUCCGCGUCGUGGACGGCUACGAGUUUGACCAAAACGAGGCCGUCCUGUGUGUCGAGAGUGUGACGCUGGAAUCGUCGUCGUCGCCCACAGGAUUCCGCGACUUUAUCGCCGUCGGCACGGGCAAGAACUUUGGCGAAGACCGCGCCAGCCACGGAGCCGUGUACGUCUUUGAGAUUGUCGAGUGUGUGGGCAAGGUGGCCGGUAUCUCAGAGUGGGAGCUCCGGUUCUGCACAAAGGAUCCGACGCGUAACCCCGUCAGCGCCAUUGCCAACUUGAACGGAUACAUUGUCCACUCGAACGGACCAAAGGUCCUCGCCAAGGGCAUGGACUUUGACGACCGUCUGAUGGGCCUCGCGUUCCUCGACGUGUCCAUGUACGUCACCAGCAUCCGGACGUUCAAAAACCUCAUUCUCAUCGGCGACUUUGCCAAGAGUCUCAACUUGGCAGCACUCCAGGAGACACCGUACAAGUUUACCACCAUCUCGCGUGACCUCCAGGAUCGCAGCCUCGUGUCGGCCGAUUUCCUCGUCAUGGAGGGCCAAGUCGCGUUUGUCUCCAACGACCGCAGUGGCGACAUGCGCAUGCUCGUGUAUGACCCUUCGGACCCAGACUCGCUCAACGGCGAAAAACUCCUUGUCGAGACCGAGUUCCACACCGGUGCGGCUGUCACUGCGGCCAAGACGAUUGCGCGCCGCAAGACGACCGAAGAGGAGAUUGCGCCCCAGUCACAGAUUGUCUAUUCGACGGCAGACGGCAGCAUCACUACACUGGUGGCGGUCAAGACUGCGCGCUUCAAGCGUCUUUCGCUUGUCCAGGCGCAGCUGAUCCAGUAUGCGCCGCACGUCGGCGGUCUGAACCCGCGCGCAUUCAGGACAGUCCGUAACGACCUCGUGCCCCGUCCACUUGCCCGUGGCGUGCUUGACGGCGGACUCUUGACGCACUUUGCCCUCCAGCCCCACAAGCGCCAGCGCGAGAUGAUGCGCCAGAUUGGAACGGACGCUGUUACUGUCGCGAGUGAUCUGUAUGCCCUGGGCGGAUUCUGGUAG